AUGUCCAGCACGCAGCAGCUCGCAUGCACCUACGCCGCGCUCCUCCUCGCCGACGGUGGUAAGACCGACGUCGAGAGCCUGCUGAAGGUGACGAAGGCCGCCGGCGUCGAGGUGAGCAAAGGGAUGGCCUCCGCCUUCGCCAGCCUGCUCCGGACCGUUAACGUCAACGAGGUGCUCGCCAACGUGAGCUUCGCCGGUGGCGCCGCCCCUGCCGCCGCCGGUGGCGCUGCUGCUGCCGGUGGUGCCGCCGCCGCCGCCCCCGCCGCCGAGGCCAAGAAGGAAGAGGAGGAGGAGGAGGACGACGACAUGGGCUUCGGCCUCUUCGACUAG